AUGCCCAACGGCGGAAGAGCACGCGAGAGAGUAGCUGGAACAGCCGCCCCGGGUGCCUCCUUGGGACUCUCGACUCCGUCGGCGAAGAGGUCGAUUGGGCGCUUGGUUGAGCGCAUUUCUCUUAAGCUCGGGAACAACGACGUCAUGGAAACAGCGGGUGCUGCUGCUGCGAGAGAUGGGGACGGAGGGGGGAGGAGGGGGCAAUACGUGAGAACGUUUGAGGACGAGCAUCCUUGCAAGCAGCCUCUUCUGGUGAAGAGCUUCGACGGGGAUGUCGCCGCCGGUCGUCCGGCCGGCCUCCCCGGGGAGUUCAUCGGAGAUCACAGGCGUUCCGACAGCUGGAAGAUCGACGGCGCUGCCGAGCAGGGGCGCUACGACGCCGCUGAGGCGCGGGGGUACGGCCUCUACUCCCUCCACGCCGUCCUCGGGCAAGGAACCUUCGGCCGCAUCCACCUCGCCUCCUGGCGGCACCGCGGGGGUGGCCUUGCCGCCACAGCAUCAUCGCCCGCGUCGCUUGACGACCGCCCAUCGCCGCGCGGUGGGGGUGGGGGUGCAGCUGGAGCAGGGGUAGGCGCGGGAGAAAUACGAGAGAGGAGGACAACUCCACGUGCCAGAUAUAGGAUUUCCAGGGCUGCUGCUACCGCCGGGGAAGGUCCGGCUUCAGAGGCGUUGCCGGUGGGGUUCAGCGGGGCAGCGGCGGCGGGAGCGGGUACGCGGAGAGCAGACGGGCACCGCACACGCAGAUCGAUUCGGUAUCUUGCCGGGAGCGGGAGAUCGGCGGGGCGCAACAACAACAACUGCAGCAGUGGUGGUAGGAGUGACACGCGGCAUCGUUCGCUCUUGUCGGAGGACGGGGAGGUGUGGACGGGGCCGGGGGGGGAGGGCGGGGGCGCGCGGCUGAGACUCAGGGCGUUGAAGAGCGUCUGCAAGAGAAAGGUCACGGAGAAAGGGCUGGUGCGACACAUGGAAACCGAGCUGGCGGUGUUGAAGCAGUGCUCGCACCCGUUUAUCGUGUCGCUCAGCCCUGGAGGUCAGUUCCAGACAUCAGGACACCUUCACCUGGUGUUGAAUUAUUGUCCGGGCGGGGACCUGUUCUCUCUCCUGGCUCGAGUGGGACGAUUGCCUGAGGCGCAAGUGAAGGUGUGCGCGGCACAGCUGGCCCUAGCGCUGAGGCACCUCCAUAGCAAGCACAUCGCCUACCGAGAUCUCAAGCCCGACAACGUGUGCAUCGACGCCAGAGGCCAUGCAGUCCUGGUGGACUUCUCGUUGGCGAGAACAGGGUUGGACGCGGCCCCAGACGGAAAGACCUUUACCUUCUGCGGCAGCGCGGCGUACGCGGCGCCGGAAAUCAUCACCAAGGAAGGACACGACACGCGGGUGGACCUUUGGUCAUUGGGGUGCGUGGUGUUCGAGGCCCUGGUGGGAGAGCACCCCUUCCGACGCCCUCGGGGGGAGAAGGCGGACCACCGCCACCAGACCCAGGCUUUGUUCGACAGGAUCCAACGCGGCCGGCUAGAGUACCCCAAGUCGCUGUCGGCACCCUCCUUGUCGCUGCUCCGAGGACUCCUCUCGCUUAACCCGGAUGACCGCCCGGGCUUCUCCUCCUUCCCGCCAACGCCACCACCACCACCGCCGCCGACAACAGCACCGAGACAAAAAGAACAACACCAACACCCCCACGUAACGACAACCUUGGCACCAGCGACGACAACAGCGCCUCCCACCGACUCAGAACAGCCGGUCGCCGACGACGUGGGGAAGGGCAGAUGCUCCGGAGACACCCACGGGGAGGUGGCAGGCACAGCACCAAGCGGAGCGGGGGGGGCACCGCCGCUGUGCUUGAUGAACGAGGCGGGGGUGCGCGGGGGUGCGGCGGCGGCGGCGCGUAGGCCCGUGGCGCAGCAGAGCCCCUCCUCCGCGCGGACCGCUUCCCCGGGGGGGGCUAGGGCUAGGAGAGCAAGUUGCGGGGAGCGACCACCUGUCUUGCUCUUGGAGCACGUUUUUUUUAAAGGACUGCCGGGUUGGGGGGGGCCGGGGACGGGGGGCGCGUGGGAGGAUGCCAAGCUCGAGGGCUCGGCGGUGGCGGUGCCGGCCCUGUGCGACGUACUCGACGUGCGACAUUUCGAUUCAAGGUUCACUAGCCAAGCCGUGGAGUUGUCCUUGCAGGGACACCCUCACAAGGGCGGUCCGACCCCGGCAUUCGAAGACUUCGAGUGGCGAGAGGACAGCUGCAUCGAGUACGCGCAAGCAGCCGAGCGAAGCACCCCCGGCUUGUUGGAGAGCUUAGCGUCGGCGCUGUGGUGUUGAACAGCGAAAAUGCCGCCUCACGCUCCAACGGUGUAGGCGUGUCUGGCGUUUUAGUUCUUCGUGGGAAUUUAGGUUUGUCUCCUAUCUCGAUCAUAUGGCGUGGUCGGAUGGUCGACUUUUCACUCAGGACAUUAGAGAGUGGCCUUUAAGUUGCAUCAGGUAGGCCUCGGUGUACGCGCGCAGCCCCCUCCCUCUCCUCAAUUGCCCCGGAUCUUGGUACGAGGAUUGAGAUUCCCGUCCUGUUGACUGUGAACACCCAGCCGUCGUAGUUUGGCGAAGGUGCCUUGGCGGUGUCAUAGAGUGUGCGCUCUGCGUGCGAAAAGACGGCCACUUAAAGCUGCACCCAGCCCCAACGCCGCAGGCAAGAUUAUGCUGAAAGGUAAAUAGCGUUGUAGGUUGAACACGCAUUCCUGCAUGUCUCGAAGGUGAGCGAGGACUUCAGUGACCAAAUUACGUACGUACCAGGUACGCGUCUUUUGGCAACUUCUAGAACUGUAGUAUAGGUAGAGAGAGAGAGGAAAGGUGCCCGUAGUUUCCUGAUUGGCCAAUUUUUCUGGCCGGAAAUUUCCUGUGGUCCAAAACUCCGUGUUCGACCGGUGACGUCAAGCACGGUCAUGAGGUCGCCAUUCGGCGUGUGUUUCCAGACCGAGACACCCCACGACUGCCGGUUUAGCGUCGGGUCUGUUGAGUUUGUAGUCGGCCUCAUCCCCUGUGAGGGUGCCGCUUCGUUUGUCAGGUGGUGGAACGUUGCUACCUGUCUCGAGUCGGAGGACUCGAGCGAAGGGUUUUUGUACAGAUCGGGGGACGGCAAACUAGGGCGUAUGUAUAUGAAUAUCACGCGAUGGUCGUGCGCCUUGCUGUGGUUGCUUGUCAUGGCUGCUGCGGGAGAGGCAACACAAAAUAAUGUUGGCGUUGCCGUUGGACACCGUGUAUAUAUUUUUGUGUUGAAUCAGGGAUUGCGCUUCGGAUGGCUGUGGUUGGAUCGCACUUUUUGGGCAUGGGAGGUGCCAAUGCUGGCCGAACCACGGGGAUGUCGGUGUGAGAUAUAGUUUUUUUUUUGUUCCUGCGAGAGUGAAAUUUCCCGCAGUCGCUCCCUCAGGAUACGCGCCCUGUGUUGUCCCUACCUACGCUCAUAUUUAUAUAUGCUCAAUUACGCUCUAUUAUAUAUAUAUUUUGUCCAUAUUUCAUUUUUUUGUCCAUCGGAUCUGUACAAUGAUUCGUGGACGAAUUGCGGCGAUUCAUCCGUCCGACCAACCUCCUCGUGGAGAGCGUAGCCAACGUUAAUACUUUCCUGCGUGUCGUUUCAUCCCACGGGAGGGGUGUGAAACGGAGGAACCCGUUCCGUAGGCUUGUUUGCUUUGGGCGGGGAAUAUCGCAUUCGUGUAAGAAGCAUCCCGUGCGCAAUG